AUACUUUGAAAAGUAAUAUUAACACAACUGUUUUCUUUUUUCCCGCUGAUCCUUCCCAUUUACCCUUCCCGCCUACUCUACCCGGGCGGGAGUUCUUUCCACGAUGAAAUGAGUGAGAACCUGAGUGAUCCUGUGUCUCCCGUGGUGCGAGUGAGUCGCUGCCGCUGAAGGCAAGGGGUGGGGGUGGGACGUGGGGGGUGGAAGGCAGGUGGUCCCCGGGCACUGCCUGGGAUUUGGGAGAAGAACCCGCCACCUUUGCCUCAGCAAUGCUUGUAAGAAAAUAAGUUGCUCUCCCCACGAUCUUGAACGGGAGUAGAUUCAUAGGGAAGGCUCCCUUGGGGAAUGUAGAACUCAUUGCAUGCAGCUGAGGGUGUUGGGAUCCCGGGCAUUAAUCAGGUCUAACCACAGAGCCGAAAUAAUUAUAUCGUAUUAUAUACCCCCUUUCCCUCUGCCAUCAUGAUUUUCCUUGGCAGCAGCAUUAGCAGCCGCCUGAGGGUGAAAACGUGGGUAAUGGGGAAGUUGGUAAUGACUCCGCUAUUUUUUCUCAUGGCUCCUUUGGGCAACAGCUGUCCGCCCCCGGUAUACACUGUAGUUGAUUGCAGGGAAACCCUGUACCUCUCCCCGUCCUUCUCUACCGAUUUUGCACUUUUCUCUUUGCUCACCACCAAGUGUAAUCAAUAACAAGCACUGACAAUACAUAGCAAUAGUGAAAUCUGAAAUAACUAAGAAGUAAUUAGGUACUACAGCCAUGGGUCUGGCUGGGUAAAAUCCAAUUGGAUAUUUCAGUUUCAUUCACCUACCCUGAUUUGGUGUUUUUGGGGUUUUUGUUUGGUGGUUUCCUUUUUUUUUUCUUUCUUUCUUUCCUUUUUGGUAUUUGGAAAGCGAGGAUCACACUUCCCCCUCCCCGUUCCUUUUCAUAGUCCCUUUUCUAAAAAAGAGGGGGAAAAAAAUCCGAAUGGAUUCUAAAGAUUGAACUGGCAUCAGCUGUGUUUUAUUGCACACCUAAAUCCUGAUAAUAGGCUUUUCAUCCCCCCAACCUUUAUUUUGGCAAUUAAGCCAAAUGUGUUUUCCAAAAAGUUAGUUCAGGUAUUUUCUCCUCUUUCUUUCUUUCCUUCCCUUCCUUUUUCCCAUCCAUCCCAAACGUUAUUGUCUAAACAUGACUGGACAGCAGCUUUUGUUUCUUGACCCUGUAAUAUGACAGUCUGCUAAUAUUGCCAGAAGGUGCAGUUUUUGGGUUACAGUCGUGAUUUUAGCUAUUCAAUCAUAUUAGCAGGAAAAAAAUGACUUGUUUCUGUUGUACUUGAGUCUUAAGAAAAAGUGCCCAUAGUUUAGUGACAAUUUCCAAAGGCUUUAGUACCACCUGUAUUUCAAAAUGGGGGACCCAAACUCCCGGAAGAAACAAGCUCUGAACAGACUACGUGCUCAGCUUAGAAAGAAAAAAGAAUCUCUAGCUGACCAGUUUGACUUCAAGAUGUAUAUUGCCUUUGUGUUCAAGGAGAAGAAGAAAAAAUCAGCACUUUUUGAAGUGUCUGAGGUUAUACCAGUCAUGACAAAUAAUUAUGAAGAAAAUAUCCUGAAAGGUGUGAGAGAUUCCAGCUAUUCCUUGGAAAGUUCCAUAGAGCUUUUACAGAAGGAUGUGGUACAGCUCCAUGCUCCUCGAUACCAGUCUAUGAGAAGAGAUGUGAUUGGCUGUACUCAGGAGAUGGAUUUCAUUCUUUGGCCUCGGAAUGAUAUUGAAAAAAUUGUCUGUCUCCUAUUUUCUAGGUGGAAGGAAUCUGAUGAGCCUUUUAGGCCUGUUCAGGCCAAAUUUGAGUUUCAUCACGGUGACUAUGAAAAACAGUUUCUGCAUGUACUGAGCCGCAAGGACAAGACUGGAAUUGUUGUCAACAAUCCUAACCAGUCAGUGUUUCUCUUCAUUGACAGACAGCACUUGCAGACUCCAAAAAACAAAGCUACAAUCUUCAAGUUAUGCAGCAUCUGCCUCUACCUGCCACAGGAACAGCUUACCCACUGGGCAGUUGGCACCAUAGAGGAUCACCUCCAUCCUUAUAUGCCAGAAUAGAGUACUGACCAGCAAAAUGGAGAAGAUCAGAGAGUGCAGCAGCAGUUUUUUCUUGUUUUCUUACCACUUUAUUCUUUCAGAGUUUAAAGAAAAUGGACUCAUGCACAGAACACUAUGCAUUUUGAAACUUAUUCAUCCUGGAUUUUUUUUUUAAUCAUUUGUAUCUCAGAACUUUAAAAAAAUUAGAUGUCUUCUGCACGGACUGUGUGAAAGAAGAUGCUUUGCAUAUUUGCUGCACUGCAUCAGCAUCUUACUAAAAAUGUGAAAUGAAAGGACUCUUGUACACUGAAAUGCUUAAAUGUAUCUGAAAGCACAAGGUGAUACUCAUUUUUGAUGGUCUUUCCAUUUGUGCUGGUUUUUGCCUCUUUGACAUCUGUCAUCAGUAUUUAGAGGGUGAGAAGUGAAUGUAACAGGUAUAAAUAACAUUUUAAAAAACUAAAUAGCUUUGCUGUAAUCACCGUUGUUCCAGAGCACUAUCAGAUUCAUUUUAACGACCAGAAGUGGUUGUUAAAAAAGAAAGAAAAUACAACCGUGGGAAAGAAAUCUUAAGUGAAAAAAGCAUCUCAUUGUAGGCAUUCUUGCCUCAUAUUUUACUGGGCCAUGUUUGUUUCCUGGUACUCAUAAAUAUAUGUAUUUUAUUUCCAGAUCUCUUUCCCCAAGUUGCUGUUAUAAAAGAGUAUUCUGCUGAGUGUGGGUAUAAUUUUACACAUUAAAGCAGAUCUGAGUCUGAAGUAGCUAAAGCAGCUAUCAAACAGAGAAAUACAUUCAUAGCUGCAGAAACCAUGAUAGGUAGAGGACUUUCCUUUUUGGUUUCUGUUUUGUUUUUUGGGUUUUAAAGAGAUUUUUAUUACAAAGAAAAUAAUUCCAGUGAAUUGUGCAGAAUUAAUGGUUUUUGUACCAUUCUAAAGAAGGUUUUUUUGGAGUAGAAAAAGUUAUUAAAGUUGGGAUCUUAAAUUGUAAAAACAAAAAAAGACAAAACCAUUGAGUGUCAAAGUUCUAAAAGCAGAACUCAUUUUGUGCAAUGAACAUAAGGAAAGACUACUGUAUAGUAUUUUUUUUUUUUUUUUUUUUUUUAAGUGAAGAAAAGCUUUGCUUAAGGGUUUGCGUACUUUUAUUGGGGUAAAUUUGAUUGAUCCUACUCCUUUGGAGUAAAACUUAGUACUUACCAGUUUCCAAUUGUAUUUAGCUUCUGGUUGGAAUUUGAAAAAAUGAAAACCUAAAUAAAAUAGGUGAAAGUUCCCUGACUAUUCAGGUGAAUACACAAAA